CGCCAUACUGCUCCAGUAUGAGCACCAACACAUUGAUUUCAAACGCCAGCCGAUGACGGAGCUGGAUAUAUACUCUCGCUGCAUUGCUUCUCCUCGACCUCUACAUCUACGUUGCAGUCCAGAAUUCCGGCUUCUCGCCUUAAUUCCCGCGCCAAAAGCCACUGCAGAUUCUCAAAAGCAAUCCCCUUUCCUCAUCCGGAUUGUCCUCACGUGCGCCUGAAUUGCUAGCAGUGCCAGGUGCUCUUCAACAUGGCAUCACCCGUAUACGGAGAACCCUUCGAGGGCGUCGUAAUCCACGAUGACGAGUCCGGGUAUGCCUCUGGUUCAUCGAGCCGAGACAGCAUCCCAGACGUCUACUUCAGCAAACCUCACGUCAAGUUCCUCAACACUCAAUUACAGAAGUUGGAGCCUCAAGACAUUCUUCGAUGGUGCAUCACCUCAUUACCAGGCCUGUAUCAGACAACAGCCUUUGGCUUGACGGGGCUAGUGACACUGGACAUGUUAUCAAAACUCGAUGGUCCUCUCAAGCACAACAUCGACCUCAUCUUCCUCGACACCCUUCACCAUUUCGAUGAGACUCUGGCGCUGGUUGAUCGAGUGCGGAGACGAUACGGAACUCCGAUCCACGUCUACAAGCCCGCCGGAUGCGACACCAUCGACGACUUCACUGCGAAGCACGGCCACAAACUAUGGGAGACGAACGACGAGCUGUACGACUAUGUCGCCAAGGUCGAGCCCGCACAGCGGGCGUACUCCGAGCUUCAGGUCAAGGCUGUCCUGACUGGACGCCGGAAGAGCCAAGGCGGCAAGCGUGGGGAUCUCGACAUCAUUGAAGUCGACGAUGCCGGUCUCAUCAAGGUCAACCCGCUUGCCAAUUGGUCAUUCACUCAAGUACAGGAGUACGUCAAUGCGAACAAGGUGCCAUACAACGAGCUCCUCGACCGCGGAUAUAAGAGCGUGGGUGACUGGCACUCUACCCAGGCGGUCGCUGCCGGCGAAGACGAGCGAUCUGGACGCUGGAAAGGAAAGCCUAAGACGGAGUGCGGAAUUCACAACCCCAAGUCGCGGUAUGCCCAAUUCCUUCUGCAGCAAGAGCUGAGGCGGCAAGAGGAAGAAAUAAGCGAGCAGCUGCAGAAUACGUCGUUGGCUGCAUAAGGCUGAAUGUCGUC